AUGGCGUCUUUGGGCGAUGACCUGUUGGUCACGGUCAACAAGCUCCAGGAUUUGGUCUUCAACACCAUUGGCAACGAUUCCCUGGACUUGCCACAGAUUGUUGUUGUUGGCUCACAAUCCUCUGGGAAAUCUUCUGUGCUGGAAAACAUUGUGGGAAGAGACUUUUUGCCUCGGGGAAGCGGCAUUGUGACAAGACGACCGUUAAUCCUCCAACUGAUUAAUAUCCCCAGCGAUCGCGAUGAUCUCCCCGAUAAUAGUGAAGUCCAUGUUCCCCAUACAGCAUCCAGUGUCGCUAGGCAGAGGGAGUGGGCAGAGUUCCAUCAUCAGCCAGGAAGAAAAUAUGACGACUUUGCACAGGUCAAACAGGAAAUUGAGAAUGAAACCGCAAGGAUAGCGGGAAAUAACAAGGGCAUAAAUCGACAACCUAUCAAUCUUAAGAUCUUCUCGCCGCAUGUGCUCAACUUGACUCUCGUGGAUCUCCCCGGUUUGACCAAAGUGCCCAUCGGGGACCAGCCUUCCGAUAUUGAGAAGCAGACACGCAAUUUGAUUUCGGAGUACAUCGCGAAACCUAACAGUAUUAUUUUGGCUGUUUCUCCUGCGAAUGUCGACCUUGUGAACUCUGAGGCCUUGAAGCUCGCACGCCAUGUCGACCCCAUGGGCCGAAGGACUAUCGGAAUUUUGACGAAGCUGGAUCUGAUGGACCACGGCACGAAUGCUCUGGAUAUCCUCUCUGGAAGAGUGUAUCCAUUGAAGUUGGGCUUUAUUGGAGUGGUCAAUCGAUCUCAGCAAGAUAUUCAAAGUGGUAAGUCGUUGGCCGAUGCGCUAGCAGCCGAAGCGGACUUUUUCAGACACCAUCCAGCCUACCGAAACAUUGCUACUCGCUGUGGGACCCAGUUCCUUGCGAAAAGCUUAAACACAACAUUGAUGUCACAUAUUCGGGAUAGGCUACCUGAUAUCAAAGCUCGGUUAAAUACUUUGAUGGGCCAAACCCAGCAGGAAUUAGCAAGCUACGGAAAUAAACAGUUCAGCGGCAAGGAACACCGGGGUUCGCUGAUCCUCCAGCUCAUGACCCGAUUUGCGUCUUCGUUUAUUUCCUCAAUUGAUGGAACCUCCUCUGAGAUUUCUACAAAAGAGCUGUGCGGCGGUGCGCGGAUCUACUAUAUUUUCAAUUCUGUCUUCGGGAACUCCUUGGAGACGAUUGACCCAACCCAUAACCUUUCCGCCCUCGAUAUCCGAACAGCUAUCCGUAACUCUACAGGUCCUCGACCUAGUCUUUUCGUCCCCGAAAUGGCCUUUGAUUUACUUGUUAAACCUCAGAUCAAGCUUCUAGAAAUCCCUAGCCAAAGAUGUGUCGAACUCGUUUAUGAGGAACUUAUCAAAAUAUGCCACACCUGCGGUUCAACUGAGCUAUCCCGAUUUCCCCGCCUGCAAGCGAAGCUCAUUGAGGUCGUGUCUGAUCUCCUGAGAGAGCGACUUGGCCCUUGCUCUGCCUACGUUGAAUCACUCAUUUCUAUUCAGCGUGCAUAUAUUAAUACUAACCACCCCAAUUUCCUUGGUGCAGCUUCUGCCAUGUCAUCCGUGAUCCAGAACAAGCAAGAACAAGAGAGAAAAGCCGCUGUGGCUGAAGACCGACGGAAACGAGAACGACGACGGAUGAAGGAAAUCGGGGCUGUUAACGGAAUAGCAAACCCAGACGGCGAAGAUGAGCAAGAUGCUGAUGAUAAGACGCAGAAUAUACCAAUCCGGGGCCAGAAGGCUCAUAGAAGCAGAUCACCACAUGUCGGUCGUGCGCUAGAAAAUGGCCAUUCCGCCAUCGCUGCCACGCUAAACGGACCUCAGUCCUCCUCGUCUGGUUUUGGAACCCAAUCAGCUGGAACAGCCAGAGAUUCAUUUCUCAAUUACUUCUUUGGCAAAGAGGGUGGUUUACCGAGCCAGGGGCAGCUACCCCAGCCGUCAUCAGGACCCCCGCGCCAUGUCAGCCAUUCCACCGAGCCCAGCUUCAGUCAAAGUUUCCGACGCAAUGAAGUGAAAUCGCCCACCCCCACUCAAUACCCACAAGAUAAUAAUGAAUAUCAGGUAUCGGUAUCGUCGGAAUAUGGCGAACCCGCAUUCCCAAAUGAUAACGUAGAACCGGCGCUCACAGACCGUGAGGCUCUCGAAACGGAAUUAAUCCGCCGGUUAAUUUCCUCCUACUUCAACAUUGUGCGCGAAACCAUUGCCGAUCAGGUGCCCAAGGCGAUCAUGCACCUUCUCGUCAACCACAGCAAAGAAGUGGUCCAGAACAGACUCGUCAGUGAACUGUAUAAAGAAGACCUGUUCCCUGAGCUUCUAUAUGAGGACGACGGCAUCAAAGCGGAACGCGAGAAGUGCGAAAAACUGUUGGGCACGUAUAGAGAAGCUGCGAAAAUAGUUGGUGAAGUCUUGUAG